AUCAGUACCAAUCCAAUUCCAAAGCAGCAGCAGCAGCAGCAGCAAAAACCAAAAAACAGUUUCUCGUCAACAACUCAAUUCUUAACAAAUCUCUUCUUCCUUUUUCUCUUCUCUUUCUUUCUUUUCUUCAAUUUCUCGCGAUCUCAUUUCUCCUUCUUCUUCUUCUUAACGGUUUUGAUCGUGUUUCGUUUGAUUCUUGUUACGCUCGCUCUCUCUCUCAUGGUGAUCGAGAAUGACAUUGAGAGUUGCGGAAGCAGAGCGGUGCAAUCACACGCGAAUCCUCGCCAUCACCGCCAGAAACUUGAAGUAUACAAUGAAGUUCUUCGUCGAAUUCAAGAUUCCGAUUGCGAAGACGCUCUUGUUCCUGGUUUCGAUGAUCAACUCUGGCUUCACUUCAAUCGUCUUCCCGCUAGGUAUGCAUUGGAUGUGAAUGUGGAGAGAGCAGAAGAUGUUCUUGCUCAUAAGAGAUUGCUCGAGCUAGCAGAAGAUCCUGCGAAUCGUCCUGCAUUUCAAGUUCGUUUAGUACAGGUAUAUCCUUUUGCUGGUGCAAAUCAUAACGAUUCUUCAGUGCAUUCAGAUCCUUCUGAGAAAGAUGAUGCACAAAGUUCUCUUAACUAUUCUUUAAAGCAGGGAAUUCAUCCACCACCUACGUUUGGUUCUUCCUCUAACCUUGAAGCUCUUGCACUUCAUACAAAUAAAAAUAACAUUGAAGAUGGAGACAAUACUAUGGGUGUGACGCCAAAUUUUAACAGGCCCAUGCACGAGAUUACCUUUUCAACAAUUGACAAGCCUAAACUCCUUAGUCAGUUAACUUCAAUACUUGGUGAGAUUGGACUAAAUAUUCAAGAAGCUCAUGCGUUUUCCACCUCUGAUGGGUUUUCCCUGGAUGUCUUCGUCGUUGAGGGAUGGCCUAAUGAGGAAACUGAGGAGCUUAAAGGUGUGUUGGAAAAGGAAAUUUUGAAGGUUAAGGACCAAUAUCUGUCAAAUCAGGGCACACUUUAUUCCUCAAAUGAUCAAUACCAGACUAGGAUGGAAUCCUCCCCUGAUUGCAUACAAAUACCAUUUGAUGGAGCUGAUGUCUGGGAAAUUGAUCCCAGCCAGCUAAAAUAUGAAAACAAAGUUGGAUCUGGAUCAUUUGGUGACUUAUUCAGAGGCAGUUAUUGCAGUCAAGAUGUGGCUAUCAAAGUUCUUAAGCCUGAACGCAUAAGUACAGAUAUGCUGAAAGAGUUUGCACAGGAAGUUUAUAUCAUGAGGAAGAUUCGACACAAGAAUGUUGUUCAGUUCAUUGGUGCUUGUACUCGGCCUCCAAAUCUUUGUAUUGUUACCGAGUUUAUGUCGAGAGGAAGCUUAUAUGACUUUCUGCACAGACAAAAGGGUGUCUUUAAGCUUCCAUCUUUACUAAAAGUAGCCAUUGAUGUUUCCAAGGGAAUGAACUAUUUGCACCAAAAUAAUAUUAUUCACAGGGACCUCAAGACUGCCAAUCUUCUGAUGGACGAAAAUGAAUUGGUCAAGGUUGCUGAUUUUGGGGUUGCCAGAGUGCAAACUCAGUCUGGAGUGAUGACAGCUGAAACUGGAACGUACCGCUGGAUGGCUCCUGAGGUCAUUGAACACAAACCAUAUGACCAGAAGGCAGAUGUUUUCAGUUUUGGAAUAGCACUCUGGGAGCUUUUAACUGGAGAGCUGCCUUACUCUUACUUGACCCCAUUACAAGCAGCAGUUGGUGUGGUGCAGAAGGGUCUACGGCCUACAAUUCCCAAAAAUACACAUCCAAGAAUUUCUGAACUACUACAGCGGUGCUGGCAACAAGAUCCAAAGGAGAGACCAGCCUUUUCUGAAAUAAUUGAAAUUCUCCAACACAUAGCAAAAGAGGUUAAUGAUGUAGAUCGGCAUAAAGAUAAGUCAUCACACGGUUUCCUUUCAUCACUUAGGCGUGGCCAUCACUGACAUUGAUACCCAUAUAAGAGCAGUGGUGGUUGAGAAUCCAAGAGUAUAGCCUUUUUGUCCUGUACAGUCUGACCAAAGAUCAAUUGAGUUUGGUUCUUUCUGCUCUUGAAAAAUCCAGUUCUACUCUGCUUUUGCCUUUUUUUUUUUUUUCUUUUUUUGUCACAAUCUGCGUCUCUCUUCUUUUGUCUUCUCAACUAUUGUUAUUCAGAAGCGAGUAGGAUGGUUGCAAGAGCAGUGGUGGUUGAAAAUUCAAGGCAUCAUGUAAUCUUAAACCUUUGCUUUGUUUACCACGUUUUUUGAAUUGGAGCUUUUACUAAGCAGUCCCCUGUAUCCAAAACCACUUUGAUAUUUACUGGUAAAAACAUUAUAUGACGUUGAGAUGUACAAGGCUUGAUAGAUUUGGCACAUGCUACCGUGUAAUUCAAUGAUUUGGCACAUGCUAUUGUGUAAUUCAAUUUCAGAAAGAAAAAAAAAAGGGAGAAAAUUUAAACACAAA